AUGGUCAAGAAAAUCACGUUUGGUACAGUUGAUUUUGCCGUGUUUGGAAUUAUGUUAUUCCUGUCGACCGCUAUUGGAAUAUACCAUGCCUUAACCGGAGGAAAGCAGCGAACAAGGAAGGAAUUUCUCUUCGCGAACCGUGGAAUGAUGGCGAUACCUGUCGCGUUAUCUUUGAUCGCAUCAUUCAUGUCCGCUAUCACAAUUCUUGGUGUACCUGCAGAAAUUUACAUCUAUGGUACACAGUACUGGCUUAUCAUUGCCUCCUACGUGAUUCUCUUUCCAUCCGUGGCACUGGUUUUCGUUCCCGUUUUCCGCGCUGUAGAUAUCUCGAGUUCUUACGAGUAUUUAGAAAAGAGAUUUUCUAAUGGAGUGCGUAUCAUUGGCAGUGUCUGUUUUAUAAUCCAAACAUCUCUUUACAUGGCUAUUGUGGUUUAUGGUCCGGCCAUAGCAUUAGAAGCAGUUACAGGAUUUCCAGUUUGGGCGUCAAUCAUAUCCAUUGGAAUUGUCUGUACUUUCUACACAACUAUUGGAGGUAUGAAGGCUGUCAUUUGGAAUGAUGUUUUCCAAGCCAUUGUUAUGCUUGGAGGUCUAGUUGCAAUACUGAUUGUAGGCACACACAAAGUUGGAGGGUUUGGAAAUGUGUUUGAUCGUCUUGAGAAAGGCCAACGACUCAAGUUUAUUGAUUUAAACCCAGAUCCUACACAACGUCUGUCAAUUUGGAGUCUGAUCAUUGGUGGUGCUUUUGGUUUGUUUCCACUCUGGGCUGUCAAUCAAACUGCUGUUCAGCGAUUUUUGGCAGCAAAAUCUAACAAAGAAGCAAAAUUGGCUGUUUGGAUUAACUUGCCUCUCAGUAUUUUAGCAGUUAGUCUAUGUGCCCUGUGUGGAUGUGUAAUUUAUGCAUUUUAUGCUGACUGUGAUCCCAUUUCAAAUAAACAGAUAAAGAAGGGUGACCAGAUCCUGCCAUAUUUUGUUAUGCAUGUGCUGGGAUCAUUGUAUGGAGUUCCAGGUUUAUUCAUGGCUUGUCUAUUUAGUGGAACACUGAGCACUGUGUCUUCUGGUCUAAACUCGCUAGCAGCUGUAGUGUUGGAAGACUUCAUCCGACCUUGGACCAGAUAUAGACAGAAGGAGUUGACGGAGACUCGCGCAACCUUAUACUCUAAACUUCUUGCAUUUGCGUUUGGAGGUUUAACUAUCGGCCUGUCUUUCCUUGCUACCAAGCUUGGUGCCAUUUUGCAGACAUUUUACAGCGUGUUUGGAGUUGUUGGUGGGCCUGUGGUAGGAGCAUUUUGUCUUGGAAUGUUCACUCGUCGAGCUCACUCCAGGGGUGUGUACAUUGGAUUGUUACUAGGAUUUAUCGUGGGGCUGUGGAUCGGUAUCGGUGCUAAAUUAUACCCUCCGCCCGCCGCUAAAGCUCCCUUCUCCACAGAAAAGUGUGAAAUUAUGCCAACGAACAGCACAAUCAUGAUGAACUCAACCAGUACACCGCCUCCAGUGAAGGAAUACGAAGGCCUGGCAUUUUACAGGCUCUCAUUUUUAUGGUACAGCGCUGUGUGCUUUGCAGUGACGUAUCUAACUGGACUGAUUGUCAGCGUCUUAUGGCCUGGUGAUCAUAGGAUCGGUGAUGUGGACUCUCGACUGCUGUUCAAAAUAGGUUACUGUUUACCAGAUCGCGCACAGAAUAACUCUCGUAAACUACAGGACGAGCAACAACAGUUAAACCAGGUUGAUAGCGAAACAGCAAGGGAGAAUGGAACGACGUCAAAAUCCGGGGGGGACAUGGAAGACGUUGAGGAGGAUACAGAGGGUGCACUACUUAUGACCACAAGGAUGUGAUGAAGUCAUAGUAUCAUAGAGGGUGACUUGGUGACUAAAGGGUUUAAAGAGAAAGAGCUCAGGUGUUGGGAAACGUUCUGUCCGUGACAGCUCUCACAGGCAGGAGUUGCGUGACGUUUGGACAAAGGAAUUCGUUUUGUGACGCAUUUGGUCACGACGCUUUGAAAGGGCCUUGGAGUUCAUUUCUUUUAGAUAUGAAUUAGGGAAAAUGGAAUAAUUGAUGUAAGUCUUUGAUAUUUAUUUAAAGUGUUCGCUGUUCAGAAAAGCGACUUAAUGAUGUUAUAUGGUCUUUGUUGUAAAUUAAAUUUUUCAUACAUACACGGAUUUUACCUAAUUUGGGAAAAAAAGACCGCGCUUGGGUUAGAUCUCGAAUGACUGAGGUUAUUUUGCGAUCUGUAUGUGAAGAGCUGAGUCCAAACCGCGAAAAGUGGAGUAUUUGUUUGAUCGUAAAGGUGUAAUGCAUGUUAUUGCGGUUUUCUAUGCAUGCGUCAAAACUAAGUGUAUUUUUUAUAACUCUCUAAUAUUCUGAUGUUGUCGAAAUGCCCUCGUGAAAGUUUAUUACUAGGUUGAUUUAUACCGAGAGUUAUUUUGGAUUGUGGUAAUAAAGACCUUUUUUGUGA